CAGGCGGCGGCGCACCAUGGUCCGCGCCCAGGCUCUGGUCCUGGCGCUCACCUUCCAGCUCUGCGCGCCUGAGACUGAGACUCCGGCAGCCGGCUGCACCUUCGAGGAGGUGAGUGACCCAGCAGUGCCCUGUGACUACAGCCAGGCCCAGUACGACGACUUCCAGUGGGAGCAAGUGCACGUCCACCCUGGCACCCAGUCUCCGGCGGACCUGCCCCACGGCUCCUACUUGAUGGUCAAUGCUUCCCAGCAUGCUCCAGGCCAGAGGGCCCAUGUCAUCUUCCAGAGCCUGAGCGAGAAUGAUACCCACUGCGUGCAGUUCAGCUACUUCCUGUAUAGCCGGGAUGGGCACAGCCCGGGCACCUUGAGCAUCUAUGUGCGUGUCAAUGGGGGUCCCCUGGGCAGUGCCGUCUGGAACAUGACUGGAUCGCAUGGCCGUCAGUGGCACCAGGCUGAGCUGGCUGUCAGCACCUUCUGGCCCAAUGAAUAUCAGGUGCUGUUUGAGGCCCUCACCUCCCCAGACCGCAGGGGCUACAUGGGCCUCGAUGACGUCCUGCUUCUCAGCUACCCCUGCGCGAAGGCCCCGCACUUCUCCCGCCUGGGCGAUGUGGAGGUCAAUGCUGGCCAGAACGCUUCCUUCCAGUGCAUGGCCGCCGGCAGAGCAGUAGAGGCUGAGCGCUUUCUCCUGCAGCGGCAGAGCGGGGCGCUGGUGCCCGCCGCCGCCGUGCGGCACAUCAGCCACCGGCGCUUCCUGGCUACCUUCUUGCUGGCCUCCGUGAGCCGCUCAGAGCAGGACCUGUACCGUUGCGUGUCCCAGGCCCCGCGAGGCGCGGGCGUCUCCAACUUCGCGGAGCUCAUCGUCAAGGAGCCCCCCACCCCCAUUGCGCCCCCGCAGCUGCUACGCGCGGGGCCCACCUACCUCAUCAUCCAGCUCAACACCAACUCCAUUAUUGGCGACGGGCCGAUUGUGCGCAAGGAGAUUGAGUACCGCAUGUCCCGCGGCCCGUGGGCCGAGGUGCACGCCGUCAGCCUGCAGACCUACAAGCUGUGGCACCUUGACCCGGACACGGAGUACGAGAUCAGCGUGCUGCUCACGCGCCCGGGUGACGGCGGCACUGGCCGCCCCGGGCCGCCGCUCAUCAGCCGCACCAAGUGCGCAGAACCCAUGAGGGCCCCCAAAGGCCUGGCUUUUGCUGAGAUCCAGGCCCGCCAGCUUACUCUGCAGUGGGAACCUCUGGGCUACAACGUGACACGUUGCCACACGUACGCGGUGUCCCUGUGCUAUCAUUACAUGCUGGGCGGCAGCCACAACCAGACCGUCCGGGAGUGUGUGAAGAUGGAGCGGGGUGUCAGCCGCUACACCAUCAAGAACCUGCUGCCCUACCGGAAUGUUCACGUGCGGCUCAUCCUCACUAACCCCGAGGGGCGCAAGGAGGGCAAGGAGGUCACUUUCCAGACAGACGAGGACGUGCCUGGUGGGAUUGCGGCCGAGUCCCUGACCUUCACUCCCCUGGAGGACAUGAUCUUCCUCAAGUGGGAGGAGCCCCAGGAACCCAAUGGCCUCAUCACUCAGUAUGAGAUCAGCUACCAGAGCAUCGAGUCAUCAGACCCGGUGGUGAAUGUGCCGGGCCCACGACGUACUAUCUCCAAGCUCCGCAACGAGACCUACCACGUCUUCUCCAACUUGCACCCAGGCACCACCUACCUGUUUUCCGUGCGGGCCCGCACGGGCAAAGGCUUUGGCCAGGCAGCACUCACCGAGAUCACCACCAACAUCUCAGCUCCCAGCUUUGAUUAUGCCGACAUGCCGUCACCCCUGGGCGAGUCUGAGAACACCAUCACCGUUCUGCUGAGGCCGGCACAGGGCCGCGGCGCGCCCAUCAGCGUGUACCAGGUGAUUGUGGAGGAGGAGCGGCCGCGGAGGCUGCGUCGGGAGCCAGGCAGCCAGGACUGCUUCCCAGUACCCUUGACCUUUGACGCUGCGCUGGCCCGCGGCCUGGUGCACUACUUUGGGGCAGAACUUGCAGCCAGCAGUCUGCCGGAAGCCAUGCCCUUCACCGUGGGUGACAACCAGACCUAUCGCGGCUUCUGGAACCCACCGCUUGAGCCCAGGAAGGCCUACCUCAUCUACUUCCAGGCAACAAGCCACCUGAAGGGGGAGACCCGGCUGAAUUGCAUCCGCAUCGCCAGGAAAGCUGCCUGCAAGGAAAGCAAGCGACCCCUGGAGGUGUCCCAGAGAUCGGAGGAGAUGGGGCUUAUCCUGGGCAUCUGUGCGGGGGGACUUGCUGUCCUCAUUCUUCUCCUGGGGGCCAUCAUUAUCAUCAUUCGUAAGGGGAAGCCAGUGAACAUGACCAAAGCCACCGCCAAUUACCGUCAGGAGAAGACCCACAUGAUGAGUGCUGUGGACCGGAGCUUCACGGACCAGAGCACCCUGCAGGAGGAUGAGCGGCUGGGCCUCUCCUUCAUGGACACGCACGGCUAUAACCCCCGAGGAGACCAGCGCAGUGCCGGGGUCACUGAGGCCAGCAGCUUGCUGGGGGGCUCACCGCGGCGUCCCUGUGGCCGGAAGGGCUCCCCAUAUCACACGGGCCAGCUGCAUCCUGCGGUGCGUGUGGCCGACCUCCUGCAGCACAUCAACCAGAUGAAGACGGCCGAGGGCUAUGGCUUCAAGCAGGAGUACGAGAGCUUCUUUGAAGGCUGGGAUGCCACAAAGAAGAAAGACAAGGUCAAGGGCAGCCGGCAAGAGCCUGCGCCUGCCUAUGAUCGACACCGAGUGAAACUGCCCCCGAUGAUGGGAGGCCCCGAUGCCGACUACAUUAACGCCAACUACAUAGACGGUUACCACAGGUCAAACCACUUCAUAGCCACUCAAGGGCCGAAGCCCGAGAUGGUCUACGACUUCUGGCGCAUGGUGUGGCAGGAGCACUGUUCCAGCAUUGUCAUGAUCACCAAGCUGGUGGAGGUGGGCAGGGUGAAGUGCUCGCGGUACUGGCCGGAGGACUCAGACAUGUACGGGGACAUCAAGAUCACGCUGGUGAAGACGGAGACUCUCGCUGAGUAUGUCGUGCGCACCUUCGCCCUGGAGCGGAGAGGCUACUCUGCCCGGCACGAGGUCCGCCAGUUCCACUUCACCGCCUGGCCGGAGCACGGCGUCCCCUACCACGCCACAGGGCUGCUGGCCUUCAUCCGGCGCGUGAAGGCCUCUACCCCGCCUGAUGCUGGGCCCGUUGUCAUCCACUGCAGUGCGGGCACUGGCCGCACAGGCUGCUACAUUGUUCUGGAUGUGAUGCUGGACAUGGCGGAGUGUGAGGGCGUCGUGGACAUUUACAACUGCGUGAAGACCCUCUGCUCCCGGCGCGUCAACAUGAUCCAGACAGAGGAGCAGUACAUCUUCAUUCACGAUGCAAUCCUGGAGGCCUGCCUGUGUGGGGAGACCACCAUCCCUGUCAGCGAGUUCAAGGCCACCUACAAGGAGAUGAUCCGCAUUGAUCCUCAGAGUAAUUCCUCCCAGCUGCGGGAAGAGUUCCAGACGCUGAACUCGGUCACACCGCCCCUGGAUGUGGAAGAGUGCAGCAUCGCCCUGCUGCCCCGGAACCGGGACAGGAACCGCAGCAUGGAUGUCCUGCCGCCUGACCGUUGCCUGCCCUUCCUCAUCUCCGCCGACGGGGACCCUAACAACUACAUCAAUGCGGCCCUGACGGACAGCUACACACGGAGUGCGGCCUUCAUCGUGACCUUGCACCCACUGCAGAGCACCACGCCUGACUUCUGGCGGCUCGUCUACGACUACGGGUGCACCUCCAUUGUCAUGCUCAACCAGCUGCACCAGUCCAACACUGCCUGGCCCUGCCUGCAGUACUGGCCAGAGCCGGGCCGGCAGCAGUACGGCCUCAUGGAGGUGGAGUUUGUGUCGGGCUCCGUGGAUGAAGACUUAGUGGCCCGUGUCUUCCGGGUGCAGAACAUCUCUCGGCUGCAGGAGGGGCACCUGCUGGUGCGGCAUUUCCAGUUCCUGCGCUGGUCUGCGUACCGGGACACGCCUGACUCCAAGAAGGCCUUCCUGCACCUGCUGGCUGAGGUGGACAAGUGGCAGGCGGAGAGUGGGGACGGGCGCACUGUUGUGCACUGCCUAAACGGGGGCGGCCGCAGUGGCACUUUCUGCGCCUGUGCCACAGUCCUGGAGAUGAUCCGCUGUCACAACCUGGUGGAUGUUUUCUUUGCUGCCAAAACGCUUAGGAACUACAAGCCCAAUAUGGUGGAAACCCUGGAUCAGUACCACUUUUGCUAUGAUGUGGCGCUGGAGUACCUGGAGGGUCUGGAGUCAAGAUAGCGGGGCCCCUGGCCUGGGGCACGCAUUGUGCACUCAGGGCCAGGCCCAGCGCGGACGAGGAAGACCUGGGCCCUGACUCUGCUCCACUACAGCUCCCGCGGGGAAAGCACUAGAGUGGGCCCUGGGCCAUCUUGGUGCCCCCUCCCGCUGUGGGCAGGGCCUCUCAUCGUGUCCGAUGAUGGGCAAGCUGUGGGCCACAGAGGAGCUUAGUGGCUGCAGCCCAGCCCCCCUCCACAGGGUCCUGCAAGUCUGUACUGUGAGUCUGGCACUGCCUGGUGGAGUGACAGGGGCUCAGGGCUACCAGCUUGGGAGGACCCAGGCUCAAGCUCCUUGACUCCAGGCUCAAGCCCCAGACUCUGUCCCAGCCCUUGGCAGAGAUGAGUGAGCCCCUGCAGAGCCUCUGGCUGGCCAAGGUUUCCACCCAGCGUGGCUUCCUCUUGAUACAGAUAGAGGGUGCACUGGGGCUUGGCAUCUGGAAUCCCACCUGGCCUGGCCCCUGAGGGUCCUGGGGAGACUGGGCACAUCAGACUGGUCCUCCCCAGAGGGGACUAUGGUCCCCUCCUCCACCCUGCUGCCCCCUCCCCCCCCCCCAGGCCCGGGGAUAUUUUGCUUAUGGUCCCUCCCACUAUUACUUCUUUGAUGUGUGCUCUGAGCUUCUUUGAACCUGGAUCUGCCCUUCCCUUGCCCUGUUCUCCGUGGGGGCCCCUUCCCUGCCUGACCCAAUGUCUGCAGAAUGAAGGUACCUCAGCCCUUCUUCCUGUACCUUUCAGGCCUCACUGGUGGGUCCUGCUCAGCCUAGGCCAGUGACAAUCUGCAAGGUUGAACAACAGCCCUUGGGGUUGAGGUCUCUGUGGCUCCUGGUCAGGCUGCCCCCUGGGGACAGGGCCCUACUAGAUCGGGGUGCUUGCAACUUCUACAGUUCAGAGGAAGAACAUGUAUUUUGGGUUGGAGGAACAAUUCUUUUCUGUUAAUUUUAUGAUUUUUUUGAUGGGUGGGUGGGAAAAUCUCUUUAAAAUGGGGCAGGCCACACCCCCAUUCCGUGCCUCAAUUUCCCCAUCUGUAAACUGUAGAUAUGACUACUGACCUACCUCACAGGGGGCUGUGGGGAGGCAUAAGCUGAUGUUUGUAAAGCGCUUUGUAAAUAAAUGUGCUCUCUGA